CUCUGUUUCUAAAAACAAACAAAAAACAGCCAAAAUAAUUUUUUAAUGAAACUUUGUAUGUUGAUAGUAGAAUUAACAUAGAACAAAAUGUCUAUAAUGGCCAAGGCAAUUUUGAAGAAAUACAAAUUUGCAGUCUCUCCUUGACAAAGGUUUUUAUUAACAAACUAAAUUAAUUAACAUGAUAUGAUAUUACCAAUAUAAAACAGUUAAAUGGGGGUCGGGCCCGGACCUGCACUGCCUCAGGAUGUAAAGUGUAACAAAGGGGUUGGGGUGGGCAGCGUGGGCCUGUGAGGCCUGUGGGUGCUCACAUCCCCCAGCUCCCCCCACAGCUAACUCCACAGUGGUCCUCUCUGGUUGAUGCGUAUGGAUUCAGGUUUUAGAUUGAAGUCUACCUGUUCUCCAGUGUCCCCCACCUCCUGGGUCCCCCAGCUCCCCCUGCAGCCAGCUCCGCAGUGGUCCGCCCCGGUUCCAAACUGAAGGUUCUGUGUUCUGUGACCACAACAGGCUGGGGUUUCUGCGGUGACCACCAGAACAGCCUUGGUGCUGUGGAGGAGCCCAGAGCUACCCCCUCAGCUGUACCUGGGGAUGGUCUUUUAGGAGCUACCCAGGAUUGUGGCCGCACUGAUGGAAAGUAUGGUAUCAAAUUCUAAUGGUUUUCCAUGGGAAUUAGUAAUAUGGGCAGGUGUUAUUGGAUUUUCUGCUAUUCCCCUGUUUUUGUGGAGGACUAUCAGAUCAGUUAGGAGUUGGCUUUAUGUGGAAAGAGAGAAAAAGCUUGCCGUAGUGCUUUGUGAACUAAUUGAAAAAAAGUGCAAACUGCUUGAAAAAUCUAGGCGUGCUCAGAAAGAGUGUGGAGACUAUAAAGUAGAGUCAUCUUUACAGGAUAACAGCUUUGAGAAGGAGACAGCAGAAGCACAAAGUUUGCAGACAGCCUGUGAAAAGCUUAACAGGUCCAUUUCUGAAAUUAAGGAUGAAAUAUUCUAUCUAGAAAAAGAGUUAAAGGAAGAGACAUCUAAACAUACUAGACAAGAGAAGUUGAUGGCGGAUAGUUCAAAAAUGAUACAGUCAUUAGAAGGUCACUCAAAAUCCCUCAAAUCGCAAAAGGCUGAAGCCAAAAUGACCUUCAGGAUAUUGCAAAUGAAUGGAGAACAACUGAAGACAGAAAUAAAAGAUGCUUUGAAUGAAAAUUCUCAACUUCAGGAAAGCCAUAAACACCUUUUGCAAGAAGCUGCAGUACGGAAAGAACAAGUGAGUGAACUUAGUAAACAGAAAAUAUCAUUUGAAGACUCCAAAGUGCACACAGAACAAGUACUAAUUGAUAAAGACGAUCACAUCAAGACUCUGACUGAACACUUGCUGAAGAUUAAAGAUUGGGCUACUAUGCUUGGAGAAGACAGAAUGGAUUAUCAUAACUUGACAUUGGAAAUGAACAAUGAAUUGGAAAAUGGUGCCUACUUAGAUGAUACUCCAAAAGGAGCUUUGAAGAAACUGAUUCAUGCUAAGUUAUAUACUUUAAAAACUUUACAAGGAGAAAGAAACCAAAUUUAUAUUCAGUUGUCCAAAAUUAAUGAAACACAGAAAGAUCUUAGAGACCAUAUUAAACAUCUACAGUCUGAACAAGCAUCUUUACAGUCAGAAAACACACAUUUUGAAAGCGAGAAUCAGAAGCUUCAACAGCAACUUAAAGUAAUGACCGAAUUAUAUCAAGAAACUUCAAUGAGACUUUACAAAAAGUUAGAGAAUGAAGAGAAGCUUUCUAAAGUAGACAGAAAGAUCAACUAUACCACUGACCAUCUAGAGAACUAUAGAAAGCAAGUCAAAGAUCUUGAAGAAAAGUUGGAAAGAAUGAUUCUUUCUUAUCAAGGGCAGAUGGUUUCCUAUAAGAGAAAAGAACAUGAAAAUUGGUUGGCAGUUCAGACUGCUGAAGGAAUCCUCAAUGAUUUCAGGAAAGAAAAUGCUCACAAGAGACAAAAAUUAACUGAAAUGGAGUUUAAAUUCAAAUUUUUACACAAAGAUCGUGCUGCACUUGAUGUUCCAAAUACAGGAUUUGGCAGAGAGCAUUACCUAUUUGUUACCAAUAUGAGAAGAGGACCUCCUUGCCCCCCACCUCCUCCAGGAAACAGGUUGGGAGUUUCUUCACAUGAUUUUCCACCAAGAGAUUUCCCAGUUCCACCAUAUGCUCCAUUUGCAAUGAGGAAUGCCUAUCCACCCAGGGCUUUUCCUCCUUGCCUUCCACCAAGACCUGGAUUUUUCCUCCCUACCCCUAUACACUGAAGGGAGAAGUGAGAUCCUGCAGGGUUGAUUCCAUCUUCUAAUGACCCUGCAACUGAACAAAAAUAAUUCAGAUUGAUCUCUAGUUCCCUCAGAAUUGAUUCUGCCUUCGAAUGAGCCUGCUACUGAACAUCGAGCACGACAGCAAAAAACUUGACUGUAUUUGAUUCUCUUCCAAAGUAAUGUAGACUGAUCUCGAGUCCCCAUCAGAGUUGACUCCACCUUCAAGUGAGCCUGCCACUGAACAUCGGUGCCACAUGAAGAAAGCUGACAAUUUGUGUUAUCCUCCAAUGUAAUUUUGACUGAUCUUGAGUCCCCGUCAGAGUUGACUCUGCCUCGAAAUGAUCCUGCCACUGAACAUCUGGCACCGCAGCAAGAAAGCUGACAGUAUUUGUGUUCUCCUCCAAAGAGGUUGGGACUAAUACUGAGUACCAAUCAGGGUUGACUCCACCUUCAAGUGAGCCUACCACUGAACAUCUGGCACCAGAGCAAGAAAGCUGAAAGGUUUGUGUUCUCCUCCAACAUAAUUUUGACUGAUCUCCAGUCCCUGUCAAGGUUGACUCCACCUUCAACUGAGCCUGCUACUGAAUAUCUGGGACCACAGCAAGAAAGCUGACAAUAUUAUGUUCUCCUCUAAAGUAGUUGUGACUGAUCUCCAGUCCCCAUAAAAGUUGACUCAGCUUUCAAAUGAGCCUGCCACAGAACAUCCAACACCACAGCAAGAAAGCUGACGCUAUUUGUGUUCUCCUCUAAAGUAGUUGUGACUGAUCUUGAGUCCCCUUCAGGGUUGACUCUGCCUUCAAGUGAUCCUGCCCCUGAACAUCUGGCACCACAGCAAGAAAGCCAACAAUAUUUGUGUUCCCCUGCAAAGUAGUUGUGACUGAUCUCGAGUCCCAGUCAGGGUUUACUCAGCCUUCAAGUGAGCCUGCCAGUGAACGUCCGGCACCACAGAAAGAAAUAUGACAAUAUUUGUGUUCUCCUCCAAUGUAGUUGGAACUAAUAUCAAGUCCCCAUCAGGCUGACUCCAUCUUAAAGUGAGCCUGCCACUGAACAUUUGGCACCCCAGCAAUAAAGCUGACAUUAUUUGUGUUCUCCUCCAAAGCAGUUGUGACUGAUCUUGAGUCACAUGAGGGUUGACUCAGCCUUCAAGUGAGCCUGCCAGUGAACAUCCAGCACCACAGCAAGAAAGCUGACACUAUCUGUGUUCUCCUUUGAAAUAGUUGUGACUGAUCUUGAUUCCCCUUCAGGGUUGACUCAGACUUCAAGUUAGCCUGCCACUGAACAUCCAGCACCACAGCAAGAAAGCUGACAAUAUUUGUGUUCUCCUCUGAAAUAGUUGUGACUGAUCUUGAGUCCCCUUCAGUGUUGAAUCAGCCUUCAAGUGAGCCUGCCACUGAACAUCCGUCACCACAGCAAGAAAGCUGACAGUAUUUGUGUUCUCCUCCAAAGUAGUUGUGAUUGAUCUCAAGUCUCAGUCAGAGUUGACUCCACCUUCAACUGAAUCUGCUGCUGAACAUCUGGCACCAUGGCAAGGAAGCUGACAGUAUUUGUGUUGUCCUCUGAAGUAGUUGUGACUGAUCUCAAGUCCCAGUUGUGGUUGACUCCAUGUUCAAGUGAACCUGCUGCUGGACAUCUGGCAUCAUGCCAAGGAAGCUGACAGUAUUUGUGUUCUCCUCCGAAGUACUUGUGACUGAUCUCAAGUACCCAUCAUGGUUCACUCUGGCUUCUACUGAGCCUGUUACUGAACAUCCAGCACCACAACAAGAAAGUUGACAAUAUUUGUGUUCUUCUCCAACAUACUUGUGACUGAUCUCAAGUUCCUAUCAGGGUUGAUUCUGCCUUCAACUGAGCCUGCUACUGAACAUCUAGCAUCACAGCAAAAAAGCUGACAGUAUUUGUGUUCUCCUCCAAAGUAAUUCAGACUGAUCUCUAGUACCUAUCAGGGUUGACUCAGUCUUCAAUGAGCCUGUGACUCAACAUCUGGGACCACAGCAAGAGCUGACAGUAUUUAUGUUCACCUCUAAAGUAGUUGUGACUGAUCUCGAGUCCCCAUCAGGGGUGACUCAGCCUUCAAGUGAGGCUGCCACUGAACAUCCAGCACCACAGCAAGAAAGCUGAGAGUAUUUGUGUUCUCCUCUAAAGUAGUUGUGACUGAUCUUGAGUCCCCAUCAGGAUUGAU